GCCGCCGUUGCUGACUCGGCGCGAUCCGUGCGCUGGCGGCGGGAGGCGAAUUAAACAGCCGAGCGAGCGAGUGUCUCUUUGAGGAGAAAUAGCACUCGCUUUCCGACUCAAUGAUUCAGACCGUGGGCUUCUGACACUUUUUAAUUUCCUUCCUCCCCACCCCCUCCCCUUCGAUCCCCCCCCCCUACAAAUUUGCUAUUUCUUUAAAAAAAACAUUCUCGCCCAAACAUCGGCUGCCCACCCCGUCCAUUUCGGCCACAGGCCUCGGGCUCGGAUCACCCUAAGGGAAGAUGUCCAGCGACAGGCAGAGGUCUGACGACGAGAGUCCGAGCACAAGCAGUGGGAGCUCGGAUGCCGACCAGCGUGACAACCCGCAAGAGGAGAGGAAAGAGCCAUCCUCUCAGCAACAACCGAAAAAGAAAGACCCCAAGGUAUCCAGCAAAACCACAGCCAAACUCUCCACCAGUGCUAAAAGAAUUCAAAAGGAACUAGCAGAAAUCACACUGGAUCCGCCCCCGAACUGCAGUGCUGGUCCAAAAGGCGACAAUAUAUAUGAGUGGCGAUCUACCAUACUAGGCCCUCCUGGUUCAGUUUAUGAGGGAGGUGUUUUUUUUCUGGACAUCACUUUCUCAUCUGACUAUCCAUUCAAACCACCAAAGGUAACUUUUCGGACCAGGAUCUAUCACUGCAAUAUCAACAGUCAGGGAGUAAUCUGUCUGGACAUUUUGAAAGACAACUGGAGCCCAGCUCUGACCAUUUCAAAGGUUCUACUUUCUAUUUGUUCACUUCUGACAGACUGUAAUCCAGCGGAUCCUCUAGUUGGGAGCAUAGCAACCCAAUAUUUGACCAACAGAGCAGAACAUGACAGGAUAGCCAGACAGUGGACCAAGAGAUAUGCUACAUAAAUUGCAUCACUUCCUGUGUUGUGAAAAGGAGCAGGAGGCAUUAUUUACAAUGUGCAACAAUUCUUUAUAGCCUUUACAAUACGGACUUCUGUGUAUAUGUUAUACUGAUUCUAAUCUCUGCUUUUAUCUUUUGAAGAUUGGGACAAGCCCUGUAAAAGGUAAAAGCUAUUGAAGUAGAUCUUUGUAGCAGUAGAUUAGUUAUGUUUAAAUGCCUACUUGCAAGUCUGCUUCUUUGGGAUAUCAAAAUGUAUUUUGUGAUGUAAUAAGGAAAAUGUUCCUCAAGUCAACCAAAUAUUAUGGUGCAUUUUAGCCUAAUCCAUUAUCUGUAUGAAAUCUAUGAUAGCUGUAGAUUAUUAGAAUUUUGGCAUUCGUAUUAAACCCAGUUCCAUUUCCGAUCAUGUGGUACAUGCUGUUGUGAAUCCGUUUUACCUUUUUGUCAAUUUGUAAUGAAGAGAUUUCAUUUAAACCUUUGUAGCUCUAAAUAAUGAGCACCUGAUGUAUCAUCUCAAAACACAAUAAACUGUUUCCGAGGUUA